GAUAAUAGGAAAAAGGAACUCAUUUGCGCGCAGAAGAUCACAUACGUAUCUGUUGUGAAAAUGGCCGAGGACGCCAAGGACAUCGAGAAUACGAAGAUGCACGUUAGAGAUGAAUUCGUUGAAGUCUUAAUGUCGUCGAAUGCAGUUAGAGACUCGACGAAAGGAACUGAACCUACGAAGAAGCAAGCUAAAAUGACCAAAGCGAUCGAGGGAAGAAUGAACCGAUUAUUCGAGGAUAAACUCCACUCGAAAGACGCGAAACCCGAUGACGCUAUAGCUCUUGCGCAGUCUUAUUUACACAUUUCUCAAAUAUACAGUGAUGUUGUGGUGAAAGAAGCAUUCUCUGAAACCUAUCUGUUACGAUCUUUGAAACUAUUGGAGGGAAGAGAGGCGACUCGUAAGGCUAUUUUGACAGCGAUGAAAGUGCUCAACUGUUUGGGCCGCAUUUACGUUCAUCGGAAGGAUACGAACAAAUCUGAAUUAUUUUUCGAGAAAGCGUUAACAUUUUACUGGAAUUAUACAGACAGAAAGGAUUCGUAUCCCGCUCCUAUCGAUAUUCUAUAUGUAUUUGGCAUUGUCACAAAAGAGUUUCAAAGCGGGUACUCGCUCGACAGAGAAUACAUGUCGACUUUAUCCAGCUUGUUAAAUCUGCAUGCAGCUGCACAUACCGAUGCGCAAUUACAACGAUCGACCAAAUGGGUGACAUAUGAACACAUGUUAUUGCGGAAGCAAGUGAGAUUAAUACCGUUGACUAUAAGCCGUAUUGAUUGGGCUUUGAAAGUGGCGACAUUAUCUUACUAUCUUUCAUUGAACGAUCGAUUUACAGAAGCUAGAAAUCACUUGGGUAUCGCAUUUUAUAUGUUGAAUAAAUUUUAUCGGAACGAAUACGAGAGAAUUGACGGGGCCAACUUUUCCGAGAUGAAAGCCACCUUGUACGAGCAAUAUAAUGCGACGGCUACUUAUAUUAAUUGGUAUGCGGUAUGCUAUGGAACGAUGCUUUUGCACACUUCGAAGAAUCGACUGCUACGAUUUGAAGAGAAAGAUGAGCAGUGCGAGAGAAAAACGGAAUUUCUAACAACGUGCGACCAAAAAUUACCGGACUCCCUAAUAUUUACCAGUAUAAACAAUAUCGAAGACGAAUUUAACACUUGGAUUACAGAUAAGUACAUUGUUCAUUUCAAUGAUGCUGAAGCUGUAUUCUUAAGGCUUCUGAGAUGUCUUAAUGAAGCACAGACUUAUCAUGAUCAUGCGAUAAACAAGGAUCCAGAGAUGCACGCAAAGAUUCUCCAACUGAUAUCUUACGCAUGCAAAUACUUGACAUGCUACGAGGAAAAUGAAGAGAAACAGGUGUCACUACACUCAUGGCGAUUACGUAUCUUAGAGGAGUCUAGGUGGCAACUUGAAACACAUAACAAAACAAUAAACUUCAAAAGAUUUUCUUGGCUUGAGCAAGCAAUUACUCAUGUAACUAUAGUGGAUACACAUCUGGAUGGAUUACAUAUCUAUCAGAGAUCAAAGGUAGACCAUAUGUUACCAGAUAUUAAUAGUCAUAUAAAGAGUGCUUUAUCCUUGUUCAAAUUAUACUUAGAUUCAGUAUAAAGAAUUCCGAUGUGGAUGGAUAAACUG